UACGGGCCAUUUCGUCUGUAGGUGUGCGCCAUUGUUGUAGUUCUGCUGAGUUGCUAGUUUAUUUUCAUCAUUACCGCAGCAAAUAAGCUUUGAAAUAAGUCGGGGAAUGGGGAGGGUAGCCGUAAUACUUUCACCCUUCCGGAACUAGUGUUAUUUUGGGCUAAGCUCAGUCACUUGACACGUUGAAGUUCUAAUUUUACCAUAUUGUGUUGAAGUGUGUGUUUUAUUUAUUUCGUUAUGGGGACCCGCGUUUUUGUUGGUGGCCUUACGUACAGGGUCCGGGAAAGAGAUAUCGAAAAGUUUUUUCGGAAGUAUGGACGGAUUAAGGAAGUCGCUAUGAAGAAUGGAUUCGCAUUUGUGGAAUUUGAUGACCACAGAGAUGCCGAUGACGCAGUCUAUGAGUUGAAUGGAAAAGAACUGCUUGGUGAAAGAGUUUCAGUGGAGAGGGCACGUGGUACUCCUAGAGGUUGCGACCAGUGGCGUGGAAGUGGCGGUGGUCGUGGUUACGGCCCACCACGUGGACGCAGCCGUGACAACCGUGAACCUGACAUGCGGUCUCAUGAUAGGUAUGGUCCUCCCACUCGAACGGAAUACCGGUUGAUCGUGGAGAACUUAUCAAGCAGAGUGAGCUGGCAGGACCUUAAAGAUUACAUGAGACAAGCUGGUGAAGUUACAUACGCAGACGCCCACAAACAACGUAGGAAUGAAGGCGUGGUAGAAUUCGCCUCUUACUCUGAUAUGAAGAACGCCAUCGACAAACUGGACGACACGGAAUUGAAUGGUCGUCGAAUUCGACUGAUCGAGGAUAGAAGGCGCGGCAGUAGGAGAUCAAGGUCUUCGAGUAGUCGCAGCCGUUCCCGUUCUAGGUCACGUCGCCGUUCGCGUUCCAGGUCGAGUAGAAGUUAUUCCAGAAGUCGUUCGCAUCGUUCUAGCCGAUCAAAAUCUAGAGAUCGUUCGAAGAGCAAGUCUGCGGCUCGUUCGAAGUCCCGCUCACGUUCUAAGUCAAAAGAAGUAUCGAAAUCUAGGUCGCGCUCUCGAUCGCACAGCAAGAGGUCAAAGUCUAGGUCUUGUUCCAAAGAGAACGGGACGAAGAAUAGGUCACAUUCGAGGUCCAUGAGUAAGGAGCGUAGCAAGUCGAGGAGUCAAUCGCCAACCAAAGAGAAUUCACCUGAGAAGCAUGAUUAAUAUAUGAUACCUGUUUAAAAUAAGUCAUUUUUGUCCUAAUCGUUUUCGGUAUUGUGGAUCGUCUUGCCAAGAGUUCGAAAAAACGGCGAAAAUGACAUAGAUUUAUAGCUAAAUAGGUUUAAGGUAUUAUUUUGAUAAUUGUCUCAGUCUUUGACGUUAAGUUGAUUUAGCAUGGACCAGAGGUUUUGCUAAUAGAAGGCUGGUUUUGGGUCCAGUUAGUCAGCAUAUUCUAUAAUUACCGAAAUCAGCUGAUGCAAACGUACACGUUUGCAUUUCAAUGUCUGAUGUGUUUUGUAAUAUAAUAUAAAAUGUUCCAAUUUGUAACCUAACCAACCUAUAUAAUCUUUAUUUUUAGUAAAGUUAUGGCUGUAGAAGCAUGUCAUUACCAAAUUUAUGAUGUUUGUGCCACAAAAGUUCAAGCCGCAUUAUUUAGGCCUAAGUGAUUUCUCUUGUUUAUUUUGUGACAUAAAUAUCUUUACUUACAUAUGGUGUAGUUUUGUGACUUCUUUUUAUUUUGUGAGAUAAAUAAUCGUGAUUUGCAAUUGAUGUAGAAUUUUUUACUAUUGAUUCCUGUCUUGCAGGGAGUUUGAAGGAUUUAGGGAAUUUUGUAACGAAUCCAAUAUAUGAACACUGCGUCACAUAAAGUAGAACUUUAGAAUUCGUCCAAUUGUAAUUUUGUUAUUUUGACGUAUGUGAUGUAGUGCUUGCUGAGGGUUGAUAUUGGAUUGUUUGAUUUAUUUGCCUUUGUUUCUUUUGGUUCUUAUUUCGUUGUUUAAUGUGUCAACACAUUUAUAUAUAAUGUAAUCGUAAAUUAAUAAAUAGAUGACACUAA